UUUCUCCUUUUAAAUCUAAAUUAACGUUUCGGUAUACUUGAUCAUGCUAAAGUUGGCAAGCAAUUGUCUAGCGUCUAGAACCGAUAUUUUAAAAAUUGUAAAUCGCGAUCAUGGUGACUCGAGGGACAAGUCGGCCUUUGCAGACGCCAAGCUCAUCCCGCCCGUUGAGGUUUUCCACUUGCGAAAUCUCUAUCUACUCGACACGCACGAGAACAAAGUCAAUUUGGGCAUUGGGGCCUAUCGAACCGAGGAGAACCAUCCAUUCGUGUUGCCAAUCGUUAGAAAGUGCCAGGUAGAAGUGGCCAACAGCAUGAAGCUGAAUCAUGAAUAUCUGCCCAUACUGGGCAACGCCGAGUAUACGAAGGUGGCCACCGAGCUGGUGCUGGGCAAGGACAGCAAGGCAAUCAAAGAGAAACGCACUGUUUCAGCUCAAACUGUUGCGGGCACCGGCGCGCUGCGCAUCGGUUCGGAAUUCUUGUGUCAAUGCCUGAAGAAACGCAUCUGUCUCCUGUCAGAUCCCACGUACGGCAAUCACAUCAACAUUCUCAGGCAGGCUGGCUUCAAGCAGUUCAAAAAAUAUCCCUACUGGAGUCAGAAAAAGAAGAAACUAGACAUUGCCAGGCUCUUGGCAGGACUGUGCAAUGCGCCAGAGGGAUCGGUGGUUCUGCUCCAAGCCUCGGGCCAUAAUCCCACCGGCCUGGAUCCCACAAUGAAGCAAUGGCAACAGAUCUCGGAGGUUGUGAAGAUGCGUCAUCUGUUUCCCUUCUUUGAUGCGGCAUACAUAGGGUUUUCUAGCGGCAAUCCGGAUCUCGAUGCCUGGGGAAUCAGAUACUUUAUCAAACAAGGCCACGAAACACUGAUCGCGCAAUCCUUCUCCAAGAACAUGGGACUCUACGAUGAGCGCGUUGGCAAUUUAAUUGCCGUGUUGAACAAUAAAUCAUAUGCGCCUGCUGUCGCCUCGGAGUUCACCAAGCUGAUUCGAGUCAACUACUCAAAUCCGCCCGCUUUCGGCAGUCGUAUUAUCGCCAAGGUGCUCAGCAACAAAAGCAAUCGCAAAAAAUGGCUGAAAACUCUAAUCAUGAUGACAAAUCGUGUGAAGAAAAUGCGAAAGGACUUGGUGCAAAAACUUGUAGAGUUGGAAACACCAGGCACUUGGGAUCACAUAACACAGGGCCAUGGAAUGUUUGCAUAUCUAGGAUUAACUCCGAAACAAUGCGAAAGACUUCGCGUGGAUAAACAUAUAUAUUUACUCAGCUCCAGUCGCAUCAAUGUUUGCGGAUUGAACUCGAGGAAUAUAGAUUAUGUGGCCAAGUCGAUAAAUGAAGUUGUUACGGGCUCCGAUUCGAAGAAGCGUAAGGAAAAAUCAUGCAAAGAGUGAGAGCUGAAGAAGGAAUAUGUAAAAAAAGAAAUCAAUGUGAGGUGUUGAUGUGGCGGAACUAUAAAUAUUAUGCUAGUAUAUGAAGACUGUCCUCCAUUCAUUCUUGUGAAAGCCGCUUCAAUCGGGAGCAAGAUCGAACACGUUUUGUAAUUUUACGUUUGGUAUGAAUGCUCGGCAAUAAAAUGAAAAUAAAAUCAAU